UUGUUUCUUCGAUGCCACUCAUGUCUUACUAACAGACGGCGACUACGACGCUGACCACGACGACCACGACGACCACGACAGCGAGGGCGACGCUGAAUACGACCUCGGCGAUGACUAGCGCGAUGCCGACGACUGACUCAGAGACACCUACAGACGAACUCGCACCAGCAAAUCUCUUACUCCCAAUUCCCGCUCCUUCACUAAACAAUUCACAGUCUUCGUUCUCAUUUUCCCGUGCAUCAGAUACAGAAUGGAACUCGCUUCCACCGGAAGUAGCUUCUGCAGAUAUUUCAAUAGCUCCUGAUGGCAGUUUCGUCGAGACUUCAUCUGGUUCAGCUGCCAGAGAACUAAAGAGGCGCUACGACCAAUUUCUCGGCGUAGGCAAAGAUGUCCGUUCUCCAUAUGCCAUCACCGCCUUUGUCAAUCAGCACGGAAAGCAGAUGUAUCGUGUCAGUCGUCGUGAUGCGGUCGCUCCCGCGGCUGCUGCAGAGGAAGCAGAGCAAAUGACUCACAAGGUGUCCAUGUCCGUUGAUGCCACUCGUACUCGUGCCUCCAAAACCCGUUCCCGCAUGAGUUUCCUCACCCAGAAUAGAGUCAAGUCCACCGCCCAGGAAUCUCAAUCCAGUUCCACCACCACGCAGCCGCGUAAGUUAGUACGAAGGACCCGCUCUAUCCCAGACAUGUUCGGCAUGGCUGCCAGCGCGUCUGCUGCAGGCUCAUCCAUACAGCACACACCCACUGGUAGGACUCAUUCACAUAGCGUUACUGGUGCAGACAUGCCACGUCCACAGCCAACUGCGCUUUUCCCCGAUCCGCCAAAACAACCUACCGCAGACAUUUUUGCAGAAGUCAUGCAAUGGCCAAACGGCUCCGUACCCUCCUCUCCAUUUUCGAGCUCUGAGUUCGAAAACAACGCGUCACCAAGUCUCAUCCCACAUCCAUUUGGACUCAGCGCUACUUUUGAAUCGCCUACUAGACCGUCUUCUAAUGGGUUUCUACCCAUGCCACGCGCACUACGGGAGAUGCAGUCGUUCGAGUCCGGUCUGACUGCGCGCGCAGGAGAUAUCACACAACGAGCAGAUACCCCGGAUUCCAUCCUCCCCCUCCGCGUCUCACCCGACCUCAUCCAAGAUUAUUCCCCCUCACCACCCCCAGGCAUCGUCCCACCCGACCCAGAACUCAUCCCACUCCCAGAAACGAGCAUGCAUUCCCGAUAUUCAACAGAGGUGUUCGAUGUUCUCCAGACUUACCGUGGUCUUCCACAGCUGGAUAGACUGUUUUCGGAUUCUGCAGGGGAGACGACUAUCAAAAUGUCUCUUCGCGCAGAGGAUAGCGCUGCACCGCGUAAUGACCCCCGGUUUGUCCUCUGGGGGGAAAUACAAGUUUCUUCUGAGUUGGAUAGUGAUGAUGUCUCGGUGUCACAGAGCAGCCGCGGUGGAAUGUCUUCUCCUUCUAAUUCUCGUAGGGGCCGUGGACUCAUAGAUGUGCCUAUAGUGCGUAUCGACGGGGAAGGCAUAACCACUAAGGUGCUCAUCGCAGCGACGAUCGAACGAUGGAUCGCCCAGCUAACAAGCGAUCUCGACUACGACGAAUUACUCAACUUCUUCCUCACCUACCGAACAUACAUAUCUGCUGUCGACCUCUGCCACCUCCUCAUCUGUCGUUUUCACUGGGCGCUAAGUGGUAAAGACGAUAUGAUACGGAAAAUCGUGCGCGUGCGGACGUUCGUAGCUAUCAGAUACUGGCUAUUGACGUUUUUCGUCAUGGAUUUUUUGCCGAAUCGGGAGUUGAGGCUUUUGUUGGCGAGUUGGUUAAAUACCCUUGUGAAGGAUCCUAUUUUGAAGAAACAUCAGGAUGGUCUGAACAUCGUAAGGAAACUCAUCAAAGUCGUCAAAGAUUGCAAAGAAGCCCAUACCCGCCGCCACCGCUCCGGAUCCGUUUCCGCCCGCCAAAGCCUAAACAUUCCCACUAAACCCCGACCCACGCACGUUCUAGGUGAAAAAUUCGCAGAAGCCAUAUCUUCCAAACAGCAAGACGACUCUGAUGUAGACCUCGAUUUUGCACCCGACGAAUCACCUGCACAUCCUCAAUCUAUCUUCCAUGGCGACAACAGCAACGCGUUUUCAUUCAAUUCUGGCAGCGUGUCUUCUCCGCCCAGGGCUGCUGCGAUUAUACAACAACCGUUGCAGAUGAACAUACUUCAGCAGAGUCGAGCUUCUAUCUCAGCAGCGUCUUCUAACACAAGCGAUACCACCCCUACGAACUGCUCCCCCCCUCCCAUUGUGUUUCCCCAGAGUGCGAUCUCCCGUGCAUUCGUGAAGACGAUCGGGCGUUUGGGAAGAUGGAAGAGAGUAUUGAACUCGAGGCAGACUGUGGAUACGGGUCUUGCAGUUCCUGCAAAUGUUUCGGCAUUUGAUUUGGAGUUGAAUGCGACGGGAGAUUUGUUAAUGGUUAGGGGCGGUGUCGAGCAGUAUUUGAAGAUGAUUGAGCCGGCGGGCGUGGGUGGGCGUAAGGGGGAGAAGGUGUUGGAUGGGGGUACAUGUCCUGUGGUUGGGAGGCAGAGUCAGAGUGGGGCGGAGAGUGCAGUCAAAGGGCUUGAGGCGAAGUUGGACCUACCCUCGUCACAGACGCAAUUACGGGUUGUUACGGAGGUGGAAGAAGAGGAGGAGCGGGAUAGUAUGACGGUAGGUUCUUUGGGCGAUAAGUGCGUGUCGAUACAAGAGAAACAUCAAUCUACGCAGGAAAAACGUCAAUCUACGCAGGAGAGACGCCAGUCUACACAAGAGAAGCGCCUAUCUAUAUCGUCCGUCUCCCGUGCGUCCACGCGCACACACUCAACAGACUCCUUCGGCUCAAUCCUAUCCUCACGAUCGCGGAUCAACCCCUUCGUCGCCCAAGUGCAGGCUCAACCACCAUGGCAGUUCGAUGUCGUCUCCAUCGACGACCUGGAUCUUUCAGAUACCUCUUCCGAGGCGCAUGGUGAGAAUCCACCCGCACCACCGGGUCUGCGCAAACCCCCGCGUCGACUGCCUCUAAGGCGGGAUUUCGAGUUCAUACGGCGGUCGGUGGACAGCGUUUCCUCGUUGGGGAUCCGUUCUCGGGACUCAGUAGCCUCGGGUGGAUCUGCUGUGUCGUCUGCGUCUGUCGGAGCUGCGUUGGGGAAUGGUAUACAGCAGUGGCAGGUGAAUGCCCUCGUGGAUUCUUUGAGCGACGAGGAGGAUAAUGGGGGUGUCGAAGAGGCUCUGAGACGUCUUGAAGGCCAGAUCAAUCCCCAGAAACGGAAAGAGAAAGCGAAGAAGGUGGAUGGAUGGGUGCGCACGAUUCAGGAGCGGAUGGCUGUGGGUGAUUUUGGAGAUGAGCAGCCGAGGUUUUUUGGGUUGGAUAGUGAGGAUGAGGAUGAGGAGGAUUAUGAGAUUGAUCAGCACGAGACCGGGGUAUUGAGGAUGGAUGAACAAACUCUUGUAGGCACUGGGUCGCAGGUGACGAUUUCAGGGGCUACGACGACGACGACGACGGAGGACUAUUUCAGCUCGGUGAGUCUGGAGUUGACGUCUGGGACGGUUGGAGCCAUGUCUGGAGGAUCGGGACCGACAUCGCCGCCUGCGAGAAUGAACGAUUUGAAACCUGCGCCUGAAGAUGCUGUUCCACUUGAAAUCUUGCAGAGCAGGGUACCGUCAAGACCGUCUACGUCCCAUGGCUCGCCUACAACAUCCCCAUUCAUAAUAACCUCUGCAUCCAAAUUCAUAUCCUCUGGUCGAAAACCGCACCGAAGCUGGAUCCUGAAUGUGAGCGCCGACCUGAUCGUACAACAUUUCUCAACGAUCGACCGUGAGCUUUUCUUGGGGGUCAAGCCUGAAGAAUUGAUCUUGGACGAUUGGAUGUCGUGUCAGGAGGUGAACGUGUUGGAUUGGGCACAGUAUCUCAAGGACCGGGCACGCUGGAAGGCUGAGUCACGGUGGAGCCAGAAGACGAGUGCAUUGGCUGCUGUUCGAGGGCGGUUCAAUCUGCUUGCGAAUUUUGUGGUUGCCGAGAUCGUGAUGACGCAUCCGAACGAUAGGACGAUGUUGGUAGGCAAGUUUAUUCGCAUCGCUUUUAAAGCAUACGUCCGGAGUAAUUUCAAUACGUUGGCGGCUAUCAUUGCCGGUUUGCAAAACGAGUGGGUCGCAAAAGCUAUGCAUCGGCAUUGGGGACGCGUGAGGCUGUGGGAGAACGGGUUGCUUCAAAAGCUGAAGCGAUUCGUGUCGCCAGAUGAUGAUUUCAAGGCUAUGCGCGAUGCUAUCGCUGCUAUGGUAGACCCGAAGACUCUGAAUAUGACGACGCGGACAUCUACGGUCUUGAGUAGCAGCAGCACAGACCUACCCUCGGGAAAAUCAAAAGGUGCCAAUGAUGUCAAGACGCCAUCAGCCUGCGUCCCAUUCAUCGGGGUCUAUCUUUCUCAACUAUACCGCUACAGCAGACUCCCAGAUCUAAUUGACCCAACCUCGCCUCACGACCCCGUUGGCAUCGACUCCCAAACCGUCAAUUUCGAGUCUCCGGCCCACCCAGAAGUAUUCGAUUCGCUGACGCCUCUGCCGCCUUCGAUGCAGCUGGAGCCAUUAAUCAACGUGCAUAAGCAGCGGCUUAUUGCUGGCGUGAUCAAGGAUUUGGUGGGCGGGCAGCAUCUUGCAAGCCGGGUUCAGUAUCCGGUCGAUAAGAAGUUAUUUGGGAAGUGUCUUAAGGUGAGGGGGCUUGAUGGGGAGACGAUGCAGAUGGCAUACAGUAUGUAUGCGGAAUCGGAGACAGGGGCGAUGGCGCGUCAGACGGGGUUUAUGCCCUUGUAGGAGUGUCACAUUGGACACUGUUCCGCUAUGCUGGGAAGUGCUCAUUUUGUGGUACUUUUGUUCGACAUUUUCUUAUUUGAUUUCAUGCACAAUAUGGAUAUAGAGCUUUCUUUUCGAUCUUUGUUGUAUUGACAAGAGUAAUGUAUGCAAUACAUAGUUGGGAUUGAGGUCUCACGAGGAGACGCCACCAUUGAUGACGGCGAGCGGUCUGUACUAAUGUCGUGUACUGUCAUUUGGAGAAUGCAAUAAAGGUAUACUAAAAUUGUAUGUACAUUAAUAUCUGAUGUAGUUCAUUUCUGUCUCCGAGUCCUUACAUUAUCGUUUCAUUGGCGCAAGUAAUAUAUUUGCACUUGAACAGCACAAUACAUAUCACACAAUUCAGGCAAGGAAUUCAAUCUCUUCUUGAUCAUCAGAACACGAGGAAUGAGCACU